AUGCGGUCGACAGCUCCAGGGGACGGGAAGCCGUUCCAGGACGACUUCUGGGGUCUCUUUGGCUUAGGCUGGGCCCCGACCGACCACAGUCCCAGCGUGCCGCCGUGGGUGCUGGCCGAGUGGGUCCUCAAGACGCCUCUGAAAGGCCCCAUCGGCAGCGAGCCCCUCCUCCUGAACCCAGGCCUGCUCGUCAGCGACUCCCUGGCGGCACGCAUCGCCGCGGCCAGGAGCCGCGCGCCCCAGACGGCACCCCCCUCGAUCCUCCGGAGGGACGGGGAGACCGCCGGCACCCGGGAGCGCCCGCGCAAGACGGUGCGCUGGUGCGAGCACGCCCUAGGCGAAGCCCAGAGCCCCUGCGGCGAGGUGUCCGUGGAGUGGCCCAGGGGUGCACGCGGCGGUGCCGAGCGGUGGCGGAGCGCCGGCCACCGCGGCGGCGCGGCCCUCUGGUGGGACGGCUCGGGGGACGCCUGGUCCGAGGCCUCCCGGGGAGCCUGGGGCGGCCGCGCGGGCUCGUGGAGCUGGGGCGCGGCGUGGAGCGAGCCCGCCGAGGCCGCGGCGGAGGCCCCCCGGAGCGACGGCUGGUGGAGCUCCUCCAGCUGGUGGGAGGCGACCGCCGGCCGCGCCGAGCCCGCCCCCAGGCGCUCGGAGGAGUGGCGGCGGGCGCCGGCUGCGUCGCCCAGGGAGCCGUGGGCGGGUCCGCCCGCACACCGCGGCGCGCCCAAGGGCGGGGAGGGCCCCAGGGGCCGCUGCGGCGACGUCGCCGCUCGGGGCGGCGGCCGGGGCUGCGGGGAGGAGGCGGCCGGAGACGCAGGCGCCAGGAACCAGGCUGCGGGCUGGCGGAGCCACGGGAGCGGCGCCUUGCCUGACGACACCGGCGACCGCAGCAGCGGCAGAGGCAGUGGCGGUUGUGCCCACGGGGCCUGCAGGGACAAAUCGCUGCUGUCGAUCACCCGCGUGAGGCCGACGCUCGAGCCGACGACGAAGUGGCCUUUGCGCGGGUGGGCGGAUGAGGGGAGCAAGCCAGCCGGCGGGCUGCAGUGUGGAGACCCGGCAGAGGGCGCCCUCGCUGACGUCGUCUACGUGGAUUUCGGCGGCCAGAGGGACGCGCUCGUGCCUGCCAGGAGGGCAGACCGGCUGGGAAUCGACUUCCAUGUCGAGAUUUGUACCAUCGACACCGGCAGGAGCCUCGUGACCCUGAAGCAGGCGGCGGGCAGCCGAGGCGGCGGCGCCCUGGCGCCGCAGGAGCAGGAGGGCGGGCGCGACGGCCCGGAGCGCCGAAGCCGCGGCGACCUGCCGCGGUCGCCCAGGCCGUGGCAGGGCCCACCGCCGCCCGCCGCGGCCCGCCGGGCAGGCGAGGCGCUCGAGGGCACGGCCCAGGGACGGCUGAGGCCACGGGCCGGGCUGUGGAGCGGCCCCGGUGGGGAGGGCGAGGCGCGGGGCGGUCGGCUCUGGAGCAGUGCCGGCGGCGCCCGGAAGUCGCCCUAG